AUGCUCUUAGAUUUCUUAAAGGAGGAUCUUCUUCCCAAGGGAUCAAAUUUGCCAAAGUCUUAUAAUAAGUCUAAGAAGGUAAUGAAAGACCUUGGUUUGUCAUAUCAACAAAUUGAUGCAUGUGUCAAUGAUUGCAUGCUUUAUUGGAAGGAGAAUGAGAAGUUGAAUGCCUGUGACAUAUGUGGUGCAUCAAGAUGGAAGAGUAACAAACACAAUGGGGAAGAGAAGUGUAAAUCGAAUGGUAAGAGAAUACCUCAGAAGACACUACGAUACUUUCCAUUAAAACCGAGGUUGCAAAGACUAUUUAUGUGCUCCAAGACUGCUUCUUUGAUGACAUGGCAUCAUGGGAAAAAGAAGAAAGAUGGUACAAUGAGACAUCCAAUUGACGGAACGGCUUGGGAGUCAUUUGACACAGAGCAUCCUAAUUUUUCAUCAGACCCUCGAAAUGUCAGGCUCGGGCUUGCUAGUGAUGGUUUUCAACCCUUUGCAAAUUCAAAAACAUCAUAUAGUAUAUGGCCUAAUAUCCUUAUUCCGUAUAAUGUGCCUCCCGAACUUUGUAUGAAGCAGUCUAAUAUGAUUUUGUCAAUGCUUAUUCCGGGUCCUAAAGGUCCUGGUGAUGCAAUUGACGUAUAUUUCCAGCCUCUAAUUGAGGAAUUGAAAGAUCUGUGGGAAGUUGGUGUGGAGACCUUUGAUGCAGUAACGCAACGUCAUUUUCAGCUACGUGCAGCUUUAAUGUGGACCAUUAAUGAUUUUCCAGCCUAUGCGAUGUUAUCUGGUUGCAGCACUAAGGGGUAUCUAGCAUGCCCUUGUUGUCUUAGGGAUACUCGGUCAAUGAGGCUACCUCACGGAGGUAAGGAAUGCUAUAUGCGUCAUCGCUGCUAUUUGCCAAUGAAUCAUAGAUGGAGAAAGGAUAAGAAAUCAUUUGAUGGAACAGUCGAGCGUGAAGGACCUCCACAACCUUCUUCAAUAGAUGAUAUUCUUAAUGAACUUAAGGAUCUCGAGAACAUUAUAUUGUCUAAGGAUCCAAGUGUGAAGACAAAAAUAUCUCAUGAAGUUAGGGGGGACAAUUGGAAUAAGAAAAGUAUUUUCUUUGAACUUCCAUACUGGAAGACUAAUCUCUUACGACACAAUUUAGACGUGAUGCACAUUGAGAAGAACAUAUGUGAUAGUGUUCUUGGGACAAUAAUGAAUAUUCAAGGGAAGACAAAAGACACUUUAAAAUCACGUCAUGACUUGAAAGAUUUGGGGUUGCGGCCUACAUUGCACCCUAUCAAAGAAGCUAAGAUUUCGGGUUUGAAGAGCCACGAUUGUCAUGUAAUACUUGAGCAUCUUCUUCCUUUAGCAAUACGUGGUCUUCUCACUCCACUUGUACGUGAAGCAUUAAUUGAGUUGUCAUUGUUCUUUACUUUAUUAUGUGCGAAAGUACUUAAUGUGGAUGAUUUGAAGCAACUAGAGUCCCAAAUUCCUAUAACUCUCUGCAAAUUGGAGAAGGUUUUUCCUCCUUCCUUCUUUGAUGUGAUGAUGCAUUUACCUAUCCACUUAGCUAACAAAGCUAUAAUGGGAGGGCCAGUUCAGUUCAGAUGGAUGUAUCCAAUAGAACAAUACAUGUAUAAGCUGAAGUCUUACAUAAGGAAUAGGGCUAAUCCGGAGGCUUCAAUUGCGGAGGGCUAUGUAGCAGAAGAGUGCAUGAAUCGUUGCUCUAGGUAUAUGCAGAGUAUAGAGACCCGAUUUAAUCGACUUGAUCGAAAUUAUGAAAAUAGCCAAGGUCAUGAUGAUACCCUGCCUAUUUUUAGUCAUUAUGGUCAAAGCCUAGGGGCUGCAAGUGUUAGAGAUCUUGAAAAGGGGGAAUUGGAUGACGCUCACAUUUAUAUUUUGAAGAAUUGUGAUGAGGUUCAGCCUUUUCUUAGAGAGUAUUCUGAAAUACAAGCAUUGACGAAUCCUGGAAUCUCUGAAGAGGAAUGGUGCAAAAACUUUAAAAGUUGGUUCAAGAUGGAAGUUGCGCGGUUAUAUGAGAAUAAUAAAAGCAUGGAAAUGGAAAAUUUGCUUGCAUUAUCACGUGGGCCAACACGAUAUGUUACUUCUUUUACCGGUUAUAUUGUUAAUGGAUAUAGGUUUCACAUAGAAAGUCAUGAAAUGUCUUUGAGUACACAAAACAGUGGGGUGGUUGUUAUAGGAAACACAGGGGAUGGAGAUGAGAACAUUGAUUAUUAUGGAGUAGUAACAGAUAUAAUAGAGAUCCAGUAUCUUGGGCGAAACCGAGUUGUGUUAUUCCGUUGCAAAUGGUGGGAUGUUUAUGAUAAGGUAAAGGGAGUAAAAGUUGAUGAAUAUGGAGUUGUUAGUGUUAAUUGCAAUAAGCAAUUAAAAACUAAUGAACCAUUUAUUUUGGCUAGUCAAGCCAGACAAGCUUUUUAUGCCGUUGACAACCUAAAUAAGGGUUGGAAGCUCGUUUCAAAGACUCAACCGCGCAACUAUGAUGAAAUUGAUGAUAAUGAGGAAGGUGAUGCGUAUCAGCACGGUGAAUUAUUCAAACCUACAUACGUAGCAUCCUCUUUGACAAGCGCUAGUGCUGAAGUUUGUAGAAGUAGGGAUGGCGUGGAUCCAAUUUUUGUGACCGAUGAUAUAAUAAGUGGAGAGCAAGGACCCAUGAAGAGGCUAAGAACAGAAUAG